UAAUGAAAAUUCAAUAAGCAUUCUCCAAAAACUUUUCCGGUUAAGCGAUUAAAGUACCGAGUGCUAUCGAAAAAAAAGAAAACGAAAAAUACCUAAUGAAAAAUCGAAUUCAAUUCACAGUGCGUGUGCGAGUGGCAAAACUAAUGCAAAAGUAAUCAAAGCUGAAACGCAUUAAAGCGAGCGGCUGGAAGUCGAUAAAAAUAAACUACAUAAAAGCAACUUGCGGUCCCGGAAAUAAUGUCAACCACUACCGAUCCCAUGGAGCUGGGGGAAUCCACAUCCACCCUGGCAGGCAGCACGACCACCACCACCACCUCCACCACCACGGCUGCCACGACGGUGGUCAAUGCGAUUGCCAAGACAGUGGCCAUAAUUAGCAGCACGGUCUCUGGAGGCUCAACAACUGGCGCCAGUCCCGCCAGGACCUCCUCAGGGACUACUCCCACUCCCUCGUCAACGCCCACACCAACAACACCCACUUCAUCCCACUCAUUUUCAUCCAAUCUGGAAGACGCGGAAGAGAAACUCAGCGUGAAGGAUUUGAGCCAGGCACUGCAGCACUUUGGCAUUGUUGAUUACUUGGUCUUCGUCGCCAUGUUGGCCGUGUGCGCUGUUAUCGGCUUCUAUUUCGGCUUUAUUGAGAAAAAGCAAAAGAGGAAGAAGUUGGCCGGCAAGGAUGGGGCCGGGGCGGCGGGCCUGGAGGAGAGGCGUGGCUCGGAGGCGCUGGACUAUCUGGUGGGCGGGCGACAAAUGAAAGUAUUUCCGGUCGCGCUGUCACUUGUGGCCAGCUUCGUGUCUGGCAUCUCGCUCCUGGGAACCUCAACGGAAAUCUAUGUGUACGGCACCCAGUAUGCCUUCAUCCUGGUGACGCUGGCCAUUUCGGGAACCAUCUCGUGGUACAUCUUCCUGCCGGUGUUCUGCAAUCUUCAGCUGACAUCCACCUAUGAGUACUUCGAGAGACGCUUCGAUCGACGAGUUCGGAUCUUUGGAUCCUGCCUCUUUGUGGUGAUGAAUAUCUUGUGGCAGCCUAUAUGUAUUUAUGUGCCUGCUUUGACCCUUAAUCAAGUUUCCGGCAUAAGUGUCAGCACCAUUGUUCCUUUGACCAGUUUGGUUUGCAUUCUUUACACCAGUGUGGGUGGCAUAAAGGGCGUUGUUUGGACGGAUGUUAUCCAGGGCAUUGUAAUGAUUGGCUCUAUGGCCAUCGUCAUUGUCAAAGGCACCUCGGACUUGGGAGGGUUGAGUGUGGUCCUAGAACACAAUCGCCAGUUUGAUCGCCUAGUGGCCCCGGACAUGACAUUUGAUCCUACAGUACGAAUGGGUGUAUUUGCUUUGUUUAUUGGCGGCGCUUUCUUCAAGCUUCAGGCCAAUGGCAUUAAUCAGGCCAUCGUUCAGCGUUAUCUUACUUUGCCCAAUAACAAGGCCGUGAAACGUGCUCUAGUUUCUUCUUUAAUUGGUUUUAUGAUUGUCCUGUUGAUGUGUGUCUAUAUAGGAAUGCUGGCCUUUGCUGAGUUCUAUCAUUGCGAUCCCAUUACAACGGGUCUAGCUCGUGCCAAGGAUCAGGUUAUACCCCUGUAUGUGGUUAAAAGUGUGGGUCAUAUUCCCGGCCUGGUUGGUCUCUUUGUAGCUGGAGUCUUCAGCGCAGCCCUGAGCUCCCUUUCGACGGCUCUGAAUUCGCUGUCUGGCGUCAUCCUUACGGACUUUGUGGAGCCUUUCCGUAAGAAGCCCCUGACUGAGCGACAAACAGCAUAUAUACUGCGUGGAGUAGUCAUAGUCUUUGGUCUGAUCUCGAUGGCCAGCGUGCCAAUUGUCCAGAGACUUGGCCUGGUCAUGCAGCUGUCCUCGACGGUGGCGGCCAUUACAUGUGGUCCAUUGCUGGGUGCCUUUAGUGUGGGCAUGUUGCUGCCUUUUGUUAAAACUGAGAGCCUCCUCGCAGGCAUCUCGGCAGCCUCGAGUUUCACUGCCUAUAUUGUGGUGCGUGCUCAAAUAGCAAUUUUCACAGGAUCUCUAACCUUUCCCACGAAGCCUGUUUCUGUGGAGGAAUGUGAUUACUCCUUUGACCUGCCUGACAACUGGAAUGCUACCACGACGGCAACUCCAACGGAGUCAACCAGCCAUGGCAUCCAUGAGAUCUCAUUUUUGUGGUACACCACAGUCGGUUCCCUGGGCACUGUCCUUGGAUCACUGUUGGCUACUCUGUACUUUGGUCGUCAGGAUCCCCGUGUGGUGGACAAGGAACUGAUAAGUCCGGUCAUAAGGAAAUAUUGGUAUGGCCAAUACGAGAGUGUGGCUAGCGAUGAGAAGGCAGAAUUGGCUCUGCACGAAUCGAAAACGCUGCCAAAGCUGGAGCAGGACGAAAAGUCCUAAGCAUAAUCAUAAUAAUUGUAAUCCCAUAAAUAUAUAUAUCCUGUAUAUACAACCCAAAUACCUGUAGUUUCUUCAUAGGUUUAAUUAUUGUCUUGUACCUAAUCUUAACCGAAUGCUUAAGCUUGAUUCUUUUAGCUUGCCUGUAAAUGAAACCUACGACUGGGUCUGUCCUAUAUGAUCAGAGUUCCUUUAAGAAUCAAUACUUAUACACACUCA